AUGUUUCGAGGGCUUCCCAGCAAGGCUAGGGAGCCCUCGCAUGUGGUAGCGUCCUGUAACCAGCGACACCACCAAGGCACGGGCAUCCUCAGCAAUGAACUCUUUGAUGAUGCGCUAAUCUACUACUCAAACCUAAACGGCGCCGCCAAAGUUCUAAACCAGACCGCUCACAAGGCAACAAAUUCUACUACCUUGAACAUCACUGCAGAUUUUGAUCAGCAAGUAUGCGAUUCCUUCCGGGGACUAAAUAUACGCUGGACGCAAGAGCUAAAAACAAACAGAAAUGAUGCAGAUGAAGUGGAAGAGAAAAACUCCUUUCUUCUUAAAGCAGACAAGGCAGCCUUAGAAUUUUUUACCGAAUAUUUUGAGCAUGUUGCGAGGAAAGCAGAGGAACUGAGAAGGGAGAAAACAGAUCUUACCAUAGCUACUAAUACUGUACCUGGCAAUUCAGAUGCUGAGUGGACAGCCCUUCCUUUUAAUCAUCCCUCAACUUUUAAUACCGUCGCCCUUAAUCCUAGCACUAAAGAAAUGAUUAUCUCGGACCUUGAAAGCUUCAAGCAAGCAAAGAAUUUCUACAUAAGAACAGGCCGUGCAUGGAAGCGCGGGUAUCUCCUUUAUGGGCCUCCUGGCACUGGAAAAACAAGCCUCAUCGCCGCCAUUGCUAACUACAUGAAUUACAGUGUAUAUGAUUUGGAUCUCACGCACGUUAAAGACAACGUUGAGCUCCGUAAGCUUCUGAUCAAAACGAAAGAGAAAUCGAUUAUUAUUGUGGAAGAUAUUGAUUGCUCCAUUGUACUGAACAAUGGACCUAACGACCAACCGAAAGGUGGUCAGAGUAGAGUUACUCUUUCUGGUUUGCUUAAUUUCACAGAUGGAUUAUGGUCUUCCUGCGGUGAUGAGCGUUUGUUUAUCUUUACUACGAACCACAAGGAUCAUCUUGAUCCUGCUCUCUGUAGAUGUGGGAGAAUGGACGUACAUAUUAAUCUCUCUUACUGCGAUUUCCCCGUGUUUAAAACUCUCGCUUAUAAUUACUUGAGAAUUGAGGAUCAUGCACUGUUUUCUGCCGUCCAAGAGAGGAUUAGUGCAGGCGCCAAGAUAACUCCUGCCGAGAUUACAGAAAUCCUCAGCUCUAAACCUGAGGAUGCUAAUAAAACGCUGAGUGCUGUGAUUGUUGGUCUCGACAAAAAGAUAAAGGACAAAGAAGCCAAGAGCUUGACGACGUUUCAGCCACCUCAGCCUGGAGGGCGUGCAUAUCCUGAGCAACUUUCAUUAGGUCCUGAAUCUCCAGAGGCAUCUAUUCAUGGUACCCCUCACCUUAUGAUGGAAAUGGUUAAGAAGGGUGAAGUGAUAGCCAUAGACCCUAGUGAAUCUACCAUCCAGAGUGAUGUACUCCAUGACAACUCUUAG